AUCGGCACGCCGGACUCGGACUACGCACGCCUGGCCUGGCCUCAGGUCAAGGAAAUCGUCGGUACAGGCUCAGAUACACGCAUCGCCUGAAAUCUUCUUCUUUCUAACGCUGUCGCCAGAGAGCGGACGAGUUGAUAGAUUCCACCGCGUGCCUUCUGACUUGCGCAAGUACAGGCAGUUCACGUUCGGGCUCGCCAAGGAGUAUGGGUCCAUCAUGAAUUUCAUCGUGAACGAGCGGCUGCAAUGGAAAGAUCUGAAGCCAAAGGGCGCGCCGUUUGAAUAUCCAGAGGACAUCAAGAUCCUUUACAACGACUGGCCAUACGGCAUCGACGAGGACAUCGCCCACCUUGUUAUAUGGACCAAGUUUGAGCUCGAGGAAGACGCGGUCACGGGUCGAAUCACGCCGGAGGUAUCGAAGGAAAUAGAUGACUAUGUGCGGAAGACUUUUGCUUCGCGCAUCAACCCAGAUCACCUAAUUUGGUUCUCGAACUGGAGAUCGCUGAAGUCAGUCCAUGCUGUCGAGCAUUUCCAUGUCAUGCUCUAUCGGCCUGACGAAGCCUUCAUCAAGGAGAUUACGAACGGGGACAUCCCAAUGUCUGCAAAGAUAGCAUAAAUGAGGGGUUCUAACUGGCUGCGGAACUGACGCAAGCACUGGCAAACGGAUAGGCAUCGAUCAAGCAUUUUGCGUGGCGCAUAGAAUAAAGGCAUGCUAAAUCAGAUAAAGUUCUAGAAUUCGAACAGAAGGAAGUCCCUUCCAAGCCUGGAUCACAUUAACAGUCAUCAAAUGCACAGAAGAAAUACUCUUGAAACUGAUGCAGGGACCUGAAGCAUCCUCCAAUUCACUGGAUAGGUAUCGAUAUGUGCUUAUCUCAGCCACGUGGAGCCCCGCACAUUCACUCCGCCACCGUCGUACGCGUCCCUUGCAGCCGUGGCGAAUCUUCCCGCG